UUCUAAAUCCUAUAAUCCUUUAAUCCUAAAUGAAUUUUCAGGACAUACCAGUUCUUACAACGCACUAGCAGGACUGAAUGAGAGAGCAGGGAGUCGACUCUCAAUGAUUCGACUCUUUUCCAGAACGACUCAUCACUAUUAGGCGCUACUGUCCCUUUAAGGAAACUCCACUGCCGUCUUGUGGACAAAGUUUUAAAAAAUUGACGUACAGUUUUGAAGCAAGCUUGUGUGUAUUUUUUCCUGCUGUUUUCACUCGGCGAUUAGGGCAUCGGAGUAAAACCAAACAAGCGCGUUGUGCAAGAGGAUCCUGCAUCAGCUAAAUUACAGUCCAGAUGGAUGUGGAGAGGUGGAUGUGAACAUGUCGGUCAUGAUCGAGGAGACUUUUUCAGAUGACCAGGAUUUGACAAUCUGACACAACUGACACUUGAGUGUUUUUUUUUUUCUCACUGUCGGAUGACAGCGACGAUCGAUCGGAGUGUAGGAGCAGAUUCAGUGUCUGUAAAGUCAGUGAUGAGAGUGUUGUACUGAAUUCAGCAGCCAGGUCAAGUUUGGGUUUGUUGAUUUGAUCAGUUGUGAAUGCGUAUGAAGGCUUAGCUCCACUACGCUGCUCAGACCACUUGUUGAAAUUGUGGAAAAGUUUACAAUUGCCAAUGCACGAAAACAAAAACAAACUUUUUGUUUGUUUUUGCUAGUUUGUGGUCAGUAUAGUGCUGUGUCUCGGUGGCUACAAUCCUUUGAGUUACUUGCGUAAUAACUUCGACAUCUACAAGAAGGAAGGAGUUGAAUUGUGAUAAUUGACUGCUGCUUCGGCGCGGGUUUAUUAGCUGUUAGCUUUGCGGGGCUUCAGACUCUUGGCUAAAUUAGCAGGCUAGCAAGAAAGCUAGCUGAACAGUUAAACAGAGUGACGCGAAAGCAUUUGAUUCCACAAACAAUUUGUCCAAGACACACUGUUGACAAUUUAACUACCUGGACAGUUUAGCUGAAUUGUCAAUUUGUAGUUGUCAAGUUGAACUAAAUGUAGUUAGCUACUUUGGCUAUUUAGCUAACUAGCUAAGGCUUAGCUUGCGAGCUAGAAAAGUUGCUAUUGAGCUAAGCUUAGCGAAGUGUCAGAUAAAAUAAUUGCGUUAUUAUUGCCUGCCAUUUAUUACCAAAUCAUAAAUACACGUUCCUAGGUAUAUAUUUCAAAAUAAUUUUGACAGCUGCAAACAGCGCUCAAUGGAGGAAAUGAUGCAGGUACGAGCCAGCGUUAGCUACCAAGCUAGGGUGGUGUAGCUAGCGCGGCUAAACCGGCUAACGAAUCAGGGCACUUGGUAAAAAAGUUAUAUACUGAGUUAUUAAUUUGGAAUUUCUCAUAAUAUAAUAUUGUUUAUUUUCACGCCUAUUUCACGCCUUUACAUAUGAGAAUAAUAUUAUCUUCUUAGUUGAGACAUUUAACAAGUUUUUUUUUUUCCCGACUGAGUUUGACAGCUGACGUCUCCGACUUUCCGACAUUUUUUUUUUUUCUUCAAAAAUGAUUUGCAUCUCGAGUUUACAGGAAUGUCAACCAUGGGAGGACAGCUGAAACAUAUUUGAGAUUUAACCGCAAGCACAUAGCCAGUGGACAUUUGUUUUUUGCUGUGAAGUCGGUCUCUAAACUCUUGCGGCCCUCAUAAUGUCCGGAUCCCCGGGCUCGAGUAGCUCCUCUAACCCGAGGAAGUUCAGCGAGAAGAUCGCGCUGCAUAACCAGAAACAAGCGGAGGAGACGCGGGCCUUCGAGCAGCUUAUGACGGACCUCACCGUCUCAAGGGUGCAGUUUCAGAAACUCCAGCAGCUCCGUUUGUCUCAGAACCGUGACCAGUACUAUGGUGGUUCCCUGCCCAACGUCAACCAGAUUGGCAAUGCCAGCAUUGAUUUCCAGGGCACCUUUCCCUCUGGUCUUGACUCUGUGAGAGGCACCAGGCAUCACGGUCUGGUAGAGAGAGCAGUCCAAAGAGACCGCAACCGCAUCAAUUCACCACACCGCAGACCUAUCGACAAGCAUGGACGGCAGGCAGAGAGUUCUCCUUACGGAACAGUGUACCUGUCGCCUCCCCCAGACAACAGCUGGAGAAGGGAACAGCAGCCAUGGACCGAAGAGAAACGGCCUGGGUUUAGAUUAAUAUCACAGCUCAACAGAACCAACUCAGAUUCAGCUCUGCACACGAGUGCAAUGAACCCGAACCCGCAGGAUCCAUUCAGCGGGAACCAGCAGACAGGCAGAGGGCCACCCCAGCGCAACGCCAGCAUGAAUGAAGCGGAGGUGGAUGGCACAGGCGAUGUCUUUUCUUUCCCUGCUGUUCCUAAUGAGGAGAGUCUUAUUGGUGUGAGUAAGCCAUUGCCCAGGCAGCUGUGGGAGGCCAAAAAGGUGCAGUCCCUUUCAUCACGGCCCAAAUCUUGUGAAGUGCCUGGUAUCAAUAUAUUCCCAUCUCCAGAGCAGAAUGUUGGUCUCUCUCACUACCAGGGCACAUUAAAUACAGGCGGCUCUCUACCGGACCUCAGUAACCUGCACUUCCCCUCUCCUCUCCCCACCCCCCUUGACCCCGAGGAGGGGGGCUACCCCAAUCUGAGCGGAGGCAGCAGCACAGGAAACCUGCCUGCUGCCAUGAUGCAUCUUGGAAUCGGAAAUUCUCAGGGCCUGUCGUCCUCUCUGAGCAACCCCUCUAUCCAGGCAUCACUCAGCAACUCCCAGCUGCCCUCGUCUCUGAGCAAUCCCUCCAUCCAUUCUUCUUUGCGGCUUUCCUCACUCUCCAGCCCACCGGCAGGGGGCAUGGCCACCUCGCCCAGGAGACGACCAGCUCCCAUCAGCCCCCUGACCCUUUCUCCUGGCUCUGAGCAGCGCCGCAGCCUGGGGAAACAGCUCUCACCCACUAUGUCUCCCUCCCUUUCUCCAAUCACACAGGGGGUCCCCUUGGAUACCAGCAACCUGCCAAUGGAGCCGCCUCCUCCCUACCCUCUCUAUCAGCAAUCUCAGCAGACCUUGCAGCAGCAGUCAACCCAGCCCCAUCCACCCAACCUCCAACAGCGCCAGCCUCAGGGAGGACAGCAGCAGCCUGUUUCCCCUUUGCAAAACGUUCCCCUGGACUUCAACUCUAGUGCUCCAAACAACAUGGGUGUGUUCUUCAACGAUCCAUUCCUGGAGCCGCAGUUCUCUGGUCGCCAGUCCAAGUGUCCAUCCUACCAGCAGGACCAGUAUAAUAUGCUGGAGCAUGCCAUGAGCUCCAUGACUGGAGGAUUUGACCCCUCCUCUAACCUUUACUGCUCCCAAGCUUCGCUUAUGGGUCUGAGCGGUAGCCAUGGCAACCUGCAGGACCCCUUGCCGAUGAAGGCUAACAUGCUGUACUCUAACUGUGGGGGUGCAGUGCCCAAUAUCAUACUCACAGAUGAGUCAAGUCCUAGCUUGUCUAAGGAUAUCAGCAGCGUGUUGUCAGCCGUGCCCGAGUGUUUCGAUUCGGAGGGGGUCUUCCCCCUGGAGGACGAGCUUCGCAUUGAACCUCUCAGCCUGGAUGGACUGAGCAUGCUCAGUGACCCCAACAUGGUUCUGCCAGACCCCUCUGUGGAGGACAGCUUCCGCAGUGACAGACUCUGAGGAGCUGCAUGUGUGCAUGCGUAAUCAUUCUCUCUCUUUCUCUAACACGCAAACAAACUCGCUUGAGAUAGGCUGUCCAAUGCUGAGUAAAACGCCCGCAGCAGAACCCAAUCCUGCUUUACACACACACACAAACCCACAAAGCAAAAACAUACGGCUGUUUUUCCCUCACAUGCUUACACUACAGCUUCAUGUACAAUGACUGGUGAGAUGUUCACACGUUACUGUGACUCACAGGAGCAUCGUCUCUCAGGGGCCAUUCUCACUCUGUGUUCUCCAUCUGCCACUCGAGACAGUGAUGACUGUGAUAUUCACAGUGAGCACGCUCAGUGAAUUCUGUCUGAUUGCUUCAUGCACCCGUUUUCCACACCCACACACAAACACACACAGGAAGCCUGGUCAGGACUGAAAAAGAUUUUUAAUCUUUUAAUCGGUGGCCAGUUCAACAUCUGUUAACUCUCCAGCUGGGAAUUGAUGAAUCCCUCCAGCAUUCUGAAUUUGCAGAUAGUGAACAUGUGCAUAAUUGUGCGUUACAUCCUUGUGGGUGUAGUCUGGGUUUUUUUUUUGGUUGUUUUUUGUUUUUUUUUGGUAGCAUAAUUACCUUUCAGGAGUGACACCAGCAGCGCUGUGGCUGUUGUCAUUUCGAUCUUUAAUUGUUUCUGACUUACCUUAUUAAAAAGAACCUGUCUAAAUCAAAAGCAAAAGCGAUCGUUAUCAACCUGACAAUCAGCACUGUCGAAUGGAUGCAGCUUUACAACACGAGACUUGUCUGACCUGCUCCACCACAUUGCAGGUCUCCAAUGGCUAUAACCAAAAGAAUGUGCUAUUUUUACAUUCAGAAAGCCAUGUUUGCUUUCAGGCACGAUUGUUAGAAAUCAGAAACGGUUUCCGAUCGUAUCCGAAAUAGCAGCCGACUGUGGGGCCUAUCCAGCACGGUCCUGUCUGCUGUGUGAGAUUGUAUAUAGAGAGAGAAUACACAACAGCGUGGUGCGUUGUGGAACAGAAGGAGCCAGCAAUCUGCCUGAUCACAGCUCAUACUGAUGCACCACAUGCGCUGUGUCUGUGCACCAGCAGGAUGGGGCGAGCCAUUUCCCUCCCCUCCAGACUGCAUAGCACGAGCUAAGGGUUUCAGUGAAUUCUGUCCCUCAGAGAUAUAUAUUAAGCAUGGAGAGAUGAGGGAAUCAGGCUUUUCUGUACAGAGCAUUAUUUUUCAAAUUUCUUUGCUUAUAUAGUUUUUUGUACUGAGAAAAAAAAAACGAUGAAAGAAAUGUUUAAUCACAAAUACAUAUGCCUCAUAAUUUCAAAAAGGGAAAACUGUUUACAAAAAAGUUUAAGAACUAAAACUUAUAAGUAGGAGUUUAAAUUUCUAUGAUUUUGGUAUCAUUCUGGAAGAAUAUAUUUGUAUCUUUUAUUGGUCCAGUCUGUGAAUAGAAGCCCUCGUCAUGCUUUUGGCUAUGCAGAAUUUACUAUCAGAGUAAACUCAAGGCUGGAACAUCCCAGAUCAUGAGAAAGGAACUAUUUUACCUGUAUAUUUAAUACUAUAUAGCAGUUCUAUAUAUUCACUUUAUACAUUUUAUACUGACUUGUAAUAUGUUUUUUUUUUUUUUUUUUUUUUUUAGUUUGUCAAUCUGUCGAGCUCUGAAUUUAGUAUGUUCUUUUUUUUUUGUGAAUGAUUUGUGGUGGUUUUGUGAACGCUUGGCCUGCAUUCCCUCUGUGGUCAGAAUGUUUAGUUGUGGACAUGGUACACAUUGCAUUUAUUGCUGCCUUCGAACGUUUGCACUGAUCACCGGAAGGAACCAUACGCAUUUAUUUUUUAAGGGACUGAAUUCCUUUUGGCUAUGGGUGUUGCUGUGAUUUUGCACAUGAUGUAUGCAAAAAAAAAAAAAAAAGCCUUUGGAAUGUAUGCACUAACUUUUUUUUGACUUGCCACACUAAAAUGACCAACAGAUUUUGAAAGGAAAUGUCACUGUGCAGUAAUGUUGCUCAGGAAUGCAUGUUCUUCAUUAUGAUCACUAAAUCAUAUCAUGUAUCAGCAGUCUUAGGACUGGCUGGAUAAGCUUUUUUUAUAAGAAGAUUUUUCUUCUAAGGAAGAAAAAAAACAUUAUUUAAAAGCAUUGUACGAUUCUUUUUUUGAGGCGAAAAGCAAUCCUAUGUGUGCACCAUGUCCACCUUUCUUUUAAUCAGCGCUCUGUGGUCUGUGCACUUGAAGGGAGCGGGCGGAUCGGGAGAGGUUGUGUACGUAAAAAGCAGGCAAGAAGAGAUUAUAACGACUCUGCGGUUGAAGAAUUGGGUUUGAUUAUUUUUCACAUUUUUCAUGGCAUGAUGCAGCUCAGAGGUCAGGGUUUCUGCUGCAUCUUGUUUUGCAUAGCGUACCUCUCUUUGUAUAGCUGAUAACUCUUACUGCCUGUCUGUGUCAACUUUGCUUUUGUAACACUUUGUAUGCAGACCUUAAUGUAGAUGCUUCUACGGAGUUCAACUGUUGUGAUCGAGCUCCAGCUAUAGAAGAGUGUAUUUUUUCACAGCUGGCACUAGCAGCCUGUUCCUUCAGCCCUCUGCUUUAUAGAGGACGUCUCGUCUUCUUCUGCCUUAUUGUCGCCGGGCUCUGACCUCGUGACCGUCCCUCUGAUUGUACUGUGAUGUUUUCCCCUAUUCCAAGCCCUGUGCUAAAAAUGUUCAUUUGAUUUUUUUUUUUUUUUUUUUUUAAAUAUAUAUAUACUUUUUUUUUUUUUUUUUUGUUAUUAUGGUCUGUACUACAAUUAAUAGUGGUAGAUAUGUAUUGUUUGUAGAGCAACAUUUUUUUUGUAGGUAUUUUGGUGGUGUUUUACUAUUUUUCUUUUUUUUUUUUAUUUGUAGUCGCCUUUUAAAAUGUACAGUUCUGUUAUUUAAAAAAUAUUUCUUGUUCACUAGUGUUACUACUUUUUUUUUUGUAAUAUGCCAUUUUAAACCUUUCUUUUUCAGAUAUUAAAAUAUUACUACACCAUAAUGCUUUUGGUUUGUGACAUAUAGUGCUUAACUUUGAUUUAAUAUAAACAAUAAAACUCUUUGUCUCUCUUUAUGAAUUGUCAAACACCCUUUGUAUCACCAGUCACUUUUAUUUUUGGUUUUUAAUGCGGAAUUGAAUUUAGCUUUAUUUUGCCUCUUUUUCUUAACGAAAGAAUGAUCUUAGUACAGUCUUUCUUGUGUUUUUUUCUUUUUUUUUUUUUUUUGCCAGUAGAUGGAGGCAGCGAGAUAUAUUUCGCCUGUUUGUGUAGGAUCGCCGAGAAAUACACUGGUGAGAAGAGCACCCUUGUCCUUGUUUCAUGAUGAACAGCUUCUCGUGUGAUGGUUUCAACAGAAAGAUGCAGCAAACCUACUUGAAUUUACAGAACAUCCACAGCACUUGAUGUCUUUCAGGCUGGUCUUUAUUACGCCGGGAAUACUACUGAGUGAGAAAUUUCUUGCUUUCAAUAAUACAGUUAUUUAUCUUUUUUUUGUGGCCAAAUACAUGUUGCUUUUAUUACAUUGUUUAUGAACUGAGAUAUGCAUAAUAAUUGAAUCAGUCAAGGAGGAAAUUCUUUUCUGGUUGAAAACAACUGGUUAAAUCGGUUCCGUCCUCUGCUUUGAAGUUCCAGCUGUCGUCCGCUUGUCUAGAUUUGAGCACAGAAAUUCAGUUCAUUUAUAAAGCCAGUGUACAGGGUUUGUGUCUCAUCUUUUUGUCCAGAGUGAAAAAUGCUGUCGGCUUCAAAGAGUGCGUGCCAUCGUCUGAAUGUGGAGAAAUGCCUGAGCAGGUCUGUUAUUACUCCUGUGAUACAGUCCCUCUGAUAAUGGAUUAAAAAACACUGGUAAUAACAUGGUACACAGCCAGAGGAUGGGCAUGAUAAAAGCACACUAUUUACACUCGCCAGCUCUGGUAUUCACUUAAACUGCUACGAGGCCAACCACAUGGCUAACUUUGUUUUCUCUUUUCAUAAGACAUAAUCUCCAGUUUCACUUAAAUGCUUUGAACUCUAUUACACCCUACCGUAUUACACCCUAUUUAUUAAAAAAAAAGCCAUAAAUGAUCAGGACACAUGAUCAAUCUGUCGAUGACUCAACUGAAAGAUGUGACCUACAUGUGAUUUAGCCAUAGCUAUGUUUAAUCUUUGGUAAGUUAAUGAUGUUACAACUCCGCUGGCACAAAACCGUGUUUUUGUCCUUUUUUUUUUUUUUUUUUGGGACUCGGGUAUGUUUCAGAUGACAACCAUUAUCUUCUGUUGUGAGCCAGCUAGAGAAUUUACUGGAGGAUUUGUUUCACUUCACGUCUUUCCACUGAUGAAAGUAACCCUUCCCUUGAACUCUCCCAGGAACUCGGAGAGGUGCGUUUCAUCAGACAAGUCCUUCUUUGGCUAUGGGCGGCUUAGUGAGAGCUGUUAAAACUAGAGGAAGAAAGCUGUUUGACAGCUCAGAGCUUGAGAACUGUAAAUCUCCUGACUUACAGUAAUCCUCUGGUUUUUAGAAAACAGUAAAAAGAAAAUUGUUAAUUACCACAAUGGGCUUUUUUGAGGCCUUCAUAUAGAAAUGCACUGAGGCAAGUAAACCUUGUGAAAAAUGAAGCUUGCUCACACUGGAAUGAAACACAGUGAUGUGCAUUAAAGGACGGGGGGAGAAAUAUACAACUUGGGACACAAUCCAACAUUUCAUGAUGUACAGGAGGAGUGGUGCUUUGCAGGCCUUUAGUGCAGUUCAGGCCUGCAAGAGUCUUACUAUAAUAAUUGUGUAGUUGCUGAUUGUUAGCUUGUCAUUGUUUGAGGAAUGGUUUCAUUAGGCACGCUGUCUGAGGAACCUGGUGUCUAUAAAUUACCCAGUUCAAGCAAUUAAUCAGUGCAAUUAAGUCAUUUUAAGCAAAAGGCUGCAGAGACAAUAAAUGAGUUGUCCAUUAUCAAAGAAUUGUUUUUUUUUUAAUGCAUCAGUGCAGUAUAGGAAAACUAUGAAGUCAAAGUUAUUUUGCUGUGUAUUUCACUGUGUAUUCUUCUUCUUUUAGCAAAUCUACUCGUUAAAUCACUUCAGACCUUUGGCUCGUGCACCACAGGGGUUUAGCACUGCGCUAAUGACUGUAGACUGUAAUUAGAGUUUUUCGUGCACUUCUCAUGCCCAAUUAACGUUGUAGUACAUUACAGCAUUGAUCCCAGACCUCUUGUUUUCACUUUUACAUCCUCUCAACUCUAAUUCCUAUCGAUUAUAGCCAACACUGCAUUUAGGUUUGGAUUUUCAACAUUUUCAUUUUUAAAUCACAACCUCCGUCUUCCUAAACUUUCUUGCUCCAUCUUAAUUUUCAGAUUACACACAUUUCAAGUCCUACCUUACACCGAUCUUUCUUAACACCUAAAACGUAUUCUGGCUUUAUGGAACCUUCACUGCAAGUGUGUAGUACUGGUCAUUUUCAGGCUUUAAAUUACAUUUGCUUCCAGCUGCUUGAAAGAACAAUGAUAUCAAGUACUUGACAAAUCUGUAAUGAUACAUAAUUUGAAAGGCCUCAUGUCUAAUGCUAGUUUGUAGAAGUGAAAAGAAUAAUGAAAUAAGACCAAUUUAAAGUGAAUAAACAAUCAAAAGUCAGUGCAGAGAAAUACAAAGAUCCUAGAUAUUGCAUGAUGAGGUAGAUCUGUGAACUUUUGCAGAAGGAAUGGAGACGCUGAGACAUCUGGAUUUCGGGGAUAAAGCUAAUUCCACUGUUAAGGAGACAGGACACUAAAGCGAAAUGUGAAAUGUUAUUUGUGUGUUUGCAGGGUGGACAAAUCAGUAGUGUCCAGCUAUUAGUUUUUUUAUUCAUAGUUGCCCGGUAGCAUGUAGGCUCAGUAGACUAGCAGCCACCAGUGUUUUUUUUCUACUCUUGUUCAGUCACUGUAUUAUCUAUUGACUUUAGGAAAACUUUAUUUGGUAUAUUUAAACAAAAUCCGUUUCAUUGUAGUGCACUACUCAUUCUGAAUCCCACCACCUGCUGCACUAGUGGGUUUCUGGGGAAUGAACACAUACUGUAGGAGCUUUCACUUGCUUGGUGGGCUAGCAAAUGGAUUUAUGAUUUGUCCUCCUUCUUUGUAUCGUGAAGUUCUCUGUGGUCAGGAGUGAGCAGGGUCCAAUGUAACAGAAUGUCCGUUCCUUGUGACCUUGACUCUGCAGCUUAUCGCUCACUUCAGUGCUUCAGAUACCACGCCUGAUUUUCAAGGUCACUGCAAUCUGGGGUCUCUUCUGAUGAAUGGCAUUUCCUUCUUCAGAAGUCUAAGCAUGAAGUAAACUAUUCUUGAUUUAUGUCCAGUGUCCUGAUGUGCUGCAGACUUUGUUACAUCCAGUCUUAUAAACACCGGGGCAAAAGAGUCCCACUGAGAUGAAGAGGGUGCAUGUAUGUUUACGUGUGUUAUUUUCUGGUAUGAGAGUAACAGAUCAGAACUGCUUCUUUAAGACAUGUCUGACUUGUACCCUCUAUCUUCUACUGCUUUGACUUUGAAUGCAGUAUAAGUAACGCUGAGAGGUUGCAUCUAUGACACUGACAUACACUCUUAGAAAAAAGGGUUCUUUGGAUACUUAAGGAAUCUUUAAUAAGGAAAACCCAGUGGCUGUGUUAUGAUGUGGAGCAACUGAAGAUAUUGUUUGGUUUCUCUUGUUUCUUAGAGUGAAGCAUCACUGCAAAUCAAUACAAAGUUCUUCUGACUGAUCACCUUUAUCCUAUGAUGAAACAUUUCUGUCCUGAUGGGUGUGGUAUAGUUAGGUUUUUUCCUUUAAUUUGUCACUCGACUGUAAAAUGCUGUUUUGUAAUUCUGCGUACAGUAGAAUUGCAGAAUACAGUCCAAGAGCUUUUUAGGGUGCUAGAAUUGCAUUUUGUGAAUUUAGGAACUUUACAGAAUUCUGUUUUUUAAACUUUGACCUUAGGUGGUCAUAAUUUUCCAGACUUUUCUUAAUCUGGUUGUUUGAUUCUUUUUUUUCCCCAUAUGUGAUAUCUGUUUUGAAUAUAUUUGAUGCAUCACACAGAUGGAAUAUUAUGGGAUCAGCAAUGCAACAUAUGGUCUUGUGUUAGAGAUUAAUUUUACCUGCCUGCUGUUGAGCUAAGCGCAUACACACACAUAUACACAUACAUGUUGACAUUUUGAAAUGAAAAUUCAACCAAAGUUGCUGGAAAACAGCAAACACACUCCUGAUUAAAAACUUUGGGUUAGCCAACAAUUCCAAAACUCAUUGUAUACUAUACCAUAAUUUGUUUAAAAUAAAUUAACUUAAUAAAGAUCUUCAGAAUUGUUGACACACCUUAAGCCUUAAUAAGGUUACUUUUUUUUUUUUCUCAAAACCUGCAGUAAAAUUACUGACAUAUAACGGCUUCUUAAUUGUUUUAUUGGUCUUGUACCACAGCAGUUUGCUACAGUUUGCAACACUAACAAUUUUACAACAUGUACAUUUGAUGCGUUUAUAGCUCCUGUCAUUAACAUUAUAGAAGCUAUAAAAAGCUGUUCUCUCACCAGAAUCUGUUUUUAUGCCUCCGCUAUCUAGUAUCCGUGCAUCUGUCCUUCCGUGUGUUUAUCUGAGAUUCUCGUUAGUGCAAUAUCUCAAGAACGAGCGAUUGAAGUUUGUAGAAUUUAUAUAGAAUUUUCAUUGUAACCAGCAGAUGAACUAGAGAAGACACUGGAGGCGCUGACACUGGAGACUCCUUCCAAAAAUGCCAAAUAAACAUCUCCUCACAGAAAACAUCAUCAUAUUCAUGAUUACACACUUUUUCAAUCUAGUUUUGUGAGCGUCCCCAGGAAAGUCCCCAUGGGUAAGUUGUUACUAUAGAAACAAUCAUGUAUUAGAAUGAGCUCAUUAAUAUAAAUGAUUUGCCUCGCAGCCAGAACUGUCAAAGCUGCUGUUAUAGAAAAUGAAUCAACACCUACUGAUCAAUCAGACUUGAUAAUUCAAUACAGGUUUAUGGCAUAAGCUUAGAUUAAAAGCUUAGAUAUGAUUCACUGUAUGAUUCAAUGUGGAUUUUAUAUAUUUAUUUUUGUCUAUUUUCUUACAAGCUGCCAAUAAUGAGAAUUUCCUGAAAUUUUGCUUGUGUUUAUGUGAAAUUGUCUCAUGAAUUACAUGUCUCAUGAACAAAUACACAUAGAUAAAGCAAGGUAGUCUACCUUUAAUCGUGUAAAGAAAUGUUUGUAAAUGCAAUGUCUCAUAUUAGUGUGUAUUCCCACAGACGUCUGCUUUGAAAGCUGUGACUAACUGAAACAGGCGGUUACCAUGUGGCACCAUCUUCCUCUUGAGAUUCACUUCUGUUAAUGGUUUGUGGUAAAUUAUGUGCAUUUCACAAUGUGUCUUUUGGAGAGUGUAUUUAAUUCCCUCUAAUGUUACUCAGAACUGUUUUCUAUUCCCUCUGCCACCUUUGAUGACCUCAGAGCUCUAUAAGGAACAGCAUUCCUGUGUGUUUUCCUGGACUUGUUUUCCUGGACUUGUUUUCCAUCAGUUAUCCCAAAUUGAGUUAAAAUCCUUCAGCUUUAUCUCAUUACGACCAAAACACUCGCCUCCUAUGCUGUCUAACAUGGUUAUUCAGAUCCACUGUACAUACACAGUAAAUACACAAGAAUAUUCUGAUGUUGAGUGACUGUGCUACUGUGUUUCUGUCCAUUUUUUAGACAAUCUCUUUUUUUUUUUGCAUUGAUCUCUAACUACUGUGCCACAUGAGUACACAAAUCUCAGACAGACCCUGUGCUCUACACACCCUAAGAUUCCCACUGGUUUAUUUUGGUACCACUGACCCUCAUCCGAGACAGGCUUGGUGGUGGUUAUUUAACAUUUACAAAGGAGACAAGGCAAAGUUGAAUUAUUGUAGGCCCAGAACAAGGGUAGGCAACAUUUGUACACCAGCUUGCAAAGGAAAUCUUUUGUUUUUAAAGGAUUUAAAGUGAUUUUGAAAUGGUAUACACAGGAUGAAUGGCAUUAAGGUGCACAAGUUCUUCAUUUCUUCAGAAUAUGAAAUGUUUUGCACCCUUACAACACAUUAACUUGGUGUUCUGCCCUGAUGUUUGUGCAUAUUUUGACACAAAGGAGGAGGGAAAACAUCUGUUGCCCAGUGGGCUUUCAUACUGAGUUUUUUCAGCUACUAUGCAGCUGUUCUGUAGUUUAACCUUUAGUUGAUGAUGCUUAGAGAUGAAGUUCCCAUUCACGCAGAGUUUACUGACUAAUGUGUCUUUAACACUAGCAGGUCUUUGACAGGUAAUUGCCUUGGAAACAUUUUAUUAAAAUGGGAUUUUUAAACUUAUCUACAUACACAGUGGAGGCUAUUGACAUCUAUACAGAUGCAUAUCUAUCAGCUGUUAUUUCUGAAAGAUACCACAUCUGGCACCUGAUGCACAUGGACACUAUGUAGGGCAGUUGCACGGGACGUAUUUCUCUCAAAAAACCUAUUUCAAUCUAAAAAAUAUGCUGAGAUGGACAGCACAUUCCUAGUAUCAGCACAGAGACUCAUAUAAAUGAGAAUCCUAGCACUCUUUCUCUCUUAUGAAGUUAAAAUGCAGCUUGUCAUGUUAACAAGAAACAUUUAAACCUAUUUAUUAUUAACCUUUUAAAUCUGUUUAUUAGUAAUCUGCUUACAAGCCCCUGCUAGCUAUAGAAAGUUAAUCAACACCUUUCUGACCAAUCAGAAAUGAGAAUUCAAGGCUAUGGUAUAAUCAUAGUUAAUACAUUUUAAGUUAAAUGUACAGAAAGAAACAUUGAAUGAGCGUCAGAUCUGUGGGUGGAAACGUCUUGUUGAUAAGAGAGGUCCGGAUUGGUUCGAGCUGACAGGAAGUCUACAGUAAUUCAGAUAAACACUCUUUACAACCAUGGUGAGCAGAAAAGCAUUUCAGCAUGCACAAUACAUAGAACCUUGAGGAGGAUGGGCUACAAGAGCAGAAGACCACAUUGGGUUCCAAGUCAAGAGCUUUGUCACAUCAAACAUCAGAAUGGGGAAAAGUGUGAUCUCAGUGGCUUUGACUGUGGCAUGAUUGUUGGUGCCAGACGGGCUGGUUUGAGUAUUUCCAAAACUGCUGAUCUCCUGAUAUUUCAUGCAAAACAGUCUCUAGAAUUUACACAGAAUGGUGCGAAAAACAAAAAACAUCCAGUGAGUGGCAGGUCUGUGGGUGGAAACACCUUGUUGAUGAGAGAAGUCAGAGGAGAAUGGCCAGAUUGCUGUGAGCUGACAGGAAGGCUAUGGUAACUCAAAUAACCACUCUUUACAACCGUGGUGUGCAGAAAAGCAUCUCAGAACGCACUUUUGUCAUCCAAGAGCUGGAAUCUGAGGUUACAGUGUGUACAGGCUCAACGAAACUGAACAGUUGAAGAUUGGAAAAAGACUAAGUGUUGUUUUCUGUCCAGUUUCGGUGAGCCUGUGACCACUCUAGCUAGUAAAGUACAAGUCACCUAAAUUUAGCUUUGAUUAUAGUAAUUACUGUCCAAUCUGAAUAUAGUAUAUGGUGCAUUUUAUUAUAUAUAUUUUAGGAACCUCACAGAAGGUGUAUUUUGGUUGCAAAUUGCAAACACUACUUCAAUUCAAGUAUAACUAAAUAGGUUGAUAUGAAUGCUGAGUUCGGUCACUUAUGUAAGAGGAUAUAUGUACUUAGAGCUGCUAUGGUCUUUGACUAAUCAAACCUGCAUGUACUUUAUUUUAGCGUGGAUGUUUGUCUGCAAGACUAAACAGCUGUUGUUAAGCAGCAUGAGGUCAGGCACAGAGGAAUGUUCAUGAAAUGGACGGUGUGUACCAUCAGUUUAUAGGAGCAUCGGUUUACAAACCCUUACUUUUAACAUCCACAGUUUAUAAACUCGCAGAUGUGUGUGAUUGGUGAGUGUGGCUGCUGUUGAGGUGAUUCAUGCCUGUUUAUGUAUUUCUGUUAAGACUUUUAGCCCCUACACUUAACUAAAUAAAAUUAGGCAUUUUUCAUAUGCCGCUGGACUUUCUUCCACCGUCGUGUCAUUAUUAGAAUCGCAGGAUAUGUGGGAGUUAUGACAUGUGCUUUCUGCUCUUCCUGCUCAUAGAUAAUGUAUUUUGAAUGGCAUAUCAGGGUGAGCUUGCUGAUAUGGUGUAGAGUCUUGUUAUCCACAUCCUCUCUGCCUGCAGCACGCCUAUCGUAAAACCUUGAGACCAGAGAGGGAUGGAAUGUGACUCUGCAUGCCCUGAUUUUCUUUUUCUGUAGUUUGGGACCCUGUAACUGUAAACUGUAAACAACACUCUAACGAACGGCCAUACAAAGCACAUUCAGUUAAUACAAAAAGUUUGUGUCCCCCAUGGUUGUACCUCUAAUAAUAGUAUACCAAAAUGUUACAAAAUGAUGUGUGGGUGCAUCCUGUAAGAAGUGAACAAUCCAAAACAUAAGGGAAGUCAACAGAAAAAAAGUUUUGCUGAGCCACUUUUGCUUGUCAUCUGAGAGAAUUAUAACAGAUAUGUUAAGAAGAAUUGGAGCGAAUGUUACAAAUGAAGAUCCUUAUGCUGCUCAGAGGAUUUGAAUGGUUGGAACAGUUAUAAAUGAUGGGCAAAUAUGUUAUUAGAGAAUUUAUAUCACUUUCAGAAAAGGUGAUACUUUUUAAUUGACGGCAUUUUGGGUUUUUUUCAACCGUUAAUAUCUUAUUUAACUGUUUUUGUUACUUCUGAUCAUGAAGAACACUAAAUGUUUAGUUGCUAUAAAUUAAGUUUGUGCUUCCUAUCCUCAGUUACUCAACUCUUUCUGUUAGUCACCAGAAACAUCUACUCUUUCCACUAUUAACGUGAUCUGGUCUCAAAUAAUACAUUGUACAAAUACAGCCUAGCCAAUGGCAUCUCCAGAUAACACACAGACCAGCUAUGACAUGAAUGUUUAUCUGAAAAGGCGUCAGGAUUACGAGAUGAAACAUGGGCUCCAUGCUCAUGUUGAAACAGUCAGCUCCUGCGAGAAGCAUGGCGAGAGAUGGAGAGAUGUUGGCACGUUAUUGGAAGGAUUCUGUUCCUGGACUCACAAGGUGAGGACAGCUGUUGAUGUCAGAAUCUGGAGGAUUAGCACUGCAGACAUGCAGGUUCUCUCUGCAGCCGAGAACAACUGACUGGCUGUCUUAGAAUGACUUAAAUUUUGGAGCCUUAGAAGAUCUAGUUUGGUGUCAAAAUGUAUUAUGAGCGACACUCAGAUGAAUGCAGGUUUUUCAUUUUAUUGCCAAUGUACACUUAAAGGUAUACUUAAGCUUUCUUCAACCUAAUCUCUGUUUACAGCAUCUGUAGCUUUCUGUGAUCAACACUGACAAGAAUUUUUGACACGUUUCUCUGAAAUGAAAAAAGGACAGAAAACCUGCUGACUUGCAACUCACCUAUAAUGAAAGCCUAAGGGCAGUUGUUUAAAAUAGGUGAUUCUAUGAGCAAAUUCUAAACUAUAUUACACACUAAGGCCAUUUUCACAUUAAGUCUGAAUACCUGAGUCCACACCCAGUACUGAUUCUGGCCACAGUUGGGGGAUGCGGCUCAUAAUCAUAGUUUUAUAUGGAUAUCAAUAGGCAUAAUAACCCUUUCACCAGAAUCCAGAAUGUAGAAACAAGAAGUAACAUGACAAGUUGAACUCAUUACUUGUCAUGUGGUGCUGAGUGAGGACAGCUUCCACACCUGAUGUGGACUGCACCAAGCUUUAGUUGAAGCAAACCCCAGACCAUCAUUUUCAGGAGGACCAGUGAUCGGCACUCUGGACUGCUCCUGAGCUCAAAAACAGCAUUCACACUUCAGCAAAUGUACCAAAAUCUGAGCUCAAACCAUCCAGAGUCUGGGAAACAAAAACACCAAUGUGAAAACCAUCUAUAAAUAAAGCUCUGAUGAUGAGACAGACAUAAGUUGAUCUAAUACUGUUCUAAUGUUGUUGUAAAAAGGAUUACUGUAACUUUUCCCUCUGAAAAAGUAUUCUCUUAAAGCAUCAAUUGUGCAGUUACACAAAUACCAUUGCUUCAUAAAAGCAUUCUACAAAAUAGUUUUCCAUUAACCUUUACUGAUGGGAUUCAACAACUGCCCUUAGACUUUAACUAUAAACAGGUUUUCCAUUCUUUUCUCAGUGCAGGAAAACAUCAAAAAAUUUUAUCUGCAUUAAUAGCACAUGUGGUCCAGAUGCUGUAGAUGGAGAUUAGGUUGUAAAAUGGUGGAGUAUUCCCUUACCAUCUUCAUUUCUCCAAAUUUAUCACUCACAAAUCAAAUUCCUAAAUGUGUGUCAAAAAACUGAUUCAUAAAACCAUCCUCUCCAUAUCCUGUCUUUGUGUCCUGACUGGUAUUUGUCCAAUAUAUUGCCAAGUACAGCGUGUGUUGUGCCUCACCCACUGUCAGCUCUUCGUUCCUCAUCACCUUGUAGCAAUAAAGUAGGGCCCUGCUUGUUUUUUAAAGCUCACAGCUAAUGAUGGCUGUGUGUAAAUCACCUGAGACAUGAUCUAGAAAGCCUUAAUACAUUUAUCAGAAACUUAAUAGUGCAUCAUCAGAUAUUCAUUUCCUCGGGGACUGAUAAGCAAAAGAACUUUCAUUAUGUAUUUCACAAACCGUUACUGAAUUUUAGAUAAGGCCAGAUGGAACCCGUAUGCUGUUACUCAUCCUGCUUAUAGGCAACUGUUGCCAUUUGUGUGAAUUUGUGACUCAUCUCUAUGGAUUUCUGUUGAUAAGUAUCAUAUUAGUCUGAGGUGUGCUCAUUGAGGAGCCUAAAGAUGUUAUACACUUGCUACAGAAAAUGUCUCUGCAAGCUGGAACAGGUCAGAGGAGGCCCCGGGUGCCUCAGCAAUCACUUUCUAGAAGAAAUGCUUCAAGCACUUAGCCUUGUUUUCACAAAAAGGGCUUUCCGAGGAUAGACGUGACAAUGCUCGGUGUGCAGCUGAUGGUGAAUUGAGGCUGAUCUGGUCUAUUUUAGGAAUGGUUUCCAUGGCUGGAGAUCAGGCAUGUCUGAGGAUUUGCUGGAACAGCUGCCAAACGCUGCACGACGGCCGUCCAUUGUUGUGGUGUUUACGGUCAGAAGUGAUAUAUAUCAGCCAGGCGUGUCACUGAUUUCUACAAAUAGCUCCUGACUAUCUAGCAAAACACUGAUUCAUAAUAGUGCCUCUCCUUUGUCCUUUGAUUAACCUUUCUGGGAAGUGAAGAAUGUUAUAUUGUGUGUCAGAUUCAGUCUUUAGAGCACUUGCAGCAAAAAAACAGCAGGGCUGAAUUAACACACACACACACACACACACACACACACACACAGUGUUCAGCAGGAGACAAACAAACUUAAAGUCAGUUCGAAACUGGUGCUGUUCUUUUAAUAGUGGAAAUUUUACUGUACAUUUUCCAAGCCUCUGAAUAACUUCUGUAAGUGAAAUAAUUAGUGGCUUCUGUUAAUUUGAUUUCUUCCUGUGACAUAUUCUUGCUUAAAACUGAACCAUGUUGUUCAUCCAGCAAGCUUCAGUAAUACUGUGAUUUACACUUGGUCAUAUUAUGGAAUGAAUAUUUCUUUUGCCUUAGAAUUUCUCAUUAUAUUGAAUUGAUUGAGUAUCAAUAAAUGAUGGUUUCGACUUCAAUGUUUAGAUUUUUUUCUGACUUUUGUACAACGCUUAAUUCCAGAUAAUAUGUUGAUGCAUGUAUAAUAAUAUCAAAAGGAUGAAAACAGGUGAUAACUAGUCUGGCUAAAUACAGUACUCCUCGUGUCUCUCGUUAAACAAUACAGUCUAAACGGGCGUGUUUAGUAGUGAUAGGGUUGCCAGAUUGGUAUUUUUACUCCCCGUUGGAAUAUGUUUAACCACGUGCUGGAAAAGACUCUGACUGGUCCUCAUUCAGGGUAUUUGGCGGACACCCUCAUCCAGAGCAACUUACAGUUAUCUCAUUUAUACAACUGAGCAUUUGAGGGUUAAGGGCCUUGCUCAAGGGCCCAGCAGUGAACUCACAAUCUGCUGAUCAGCAGGCCAACGUCUUAACCACUGAGCCACCACCACAAUCAUUCAUUCAUUUAUUCAGUCAUUCAUUCAGCCUAUCCUGCGAACACUGGCUAGUUCACCUACCAGCAUGUUUUUUGGAGAUAAGAGGAAGAACCUGGAGGAAACCUAUGAGAGACACAGGGAGAACAUGUGCAGAAACUCUAUGCAGAUAUUAACCCCAGGUCAGAAUCGUACCGGGGACCCUAAAGGUGUGAGGUGGCAGCACUAUCUGAUGCCUAGUACACAUGAUAUCACAAAAUUUUAGUUCCAGAGAUUGCAUUUCUAAACCAUUCUUUCGAUCAGAUUUGUUCUUACAUUCCAUGGAUUUACUCUUAUGUUAAAAGUAAUGUGUAGCACAGAAUCUUAAAAAAAAAAUUUAAAUGACUUGUAAAUGUUCUCAUAUACAUAUAAAAAGUGAAAAGUAUUUGUGACUUUUUUGACACACUUUUUUGUGAUGAUGCACUGGUAGCCUAGUGCAUGCUAACUAGUCUGAAGUGACUGAAAAUUCCCUGGUUUAUAGAUAUAUAGAUAGAUAGCAUGUUAUCAUUUUCAAAAGUGUUGAAAUUAUAAGUUUCAAGAGCUGAAAUUUCAAAUUCAGGGGCUUUUUCUGUGGUUUUUACUGGUUGGAAGUAGAGAAUUACAAGUUGCAACUUCACCCCGAACCCAGCAUCAUUAUCACUGUGGAGUUUCACAGGUUUUUGCUGUAUCCGUGUGGGUUUCCUCAGGGUUCUCCGGUUUCCUCCCACCUCCCAAAAACAUGUCAGCAGGAUCCAUGUCUGCCUUGUGCCUUACUGAAUGAACAAAUGAACGAACGAAUGAAUGAAUAACUUUCUCUUUGACAUGCACCAUUUCCAAGCUGGUCUUUCUGUCCUGUGUUUCACUUCUCUUGCAGUUUUAACAGAAACCUAUCACGACUAAUGACCUAACCUGUGGUUCACAUUGCUUGUGUCCCUCUAUAAAGAUAUUCGAGGCCAUUCUCUGUAUGGAGUCGAUGUCCUCAUGGUGAUUUUACAGAGGAAUAGAGAGGCU